AUGCCACAAUCUCGGAUUCACGACCACUUCGCUCCGAGCAACAAGUACCCCCGCGCAGCUACCCAGAGCUCCCGGCGCCCUCCUGCACAUCGUUGGGAGUCCGACUCGGAAGGCUCGGACGGACUCGAAGCGAUCCAGCUGAGCGCUCAAAAGCCCAAGCCGAGCAGGAAGGCAGCGGAGGCUCCCGUCAGCCAGAAGAGGGGGAAGCGGGUCGUCCUGGACUCGGAUGACGAGUAUGGGGAGGGAGGGCAGGAGGAAGAGGUGGAUGACGAGGAUGAGGACGAAGAUGAUGAGCGGACAAGAGUGGAGAAGCGGACUAGGUCCGGUGGGAAGGGAAAAGGGAAGGGACGGGCGGUACAAUCGACCGAGCCGGAGUCGGACGAUACGGUAGACUCCCUGGUCGUCGGGGAGAAGCUUCGGAAGGCGGCCAAGCGGGCACACAAGACAACUUCCCCGGCUCCGGCGCCUCCUCGGACCAAGGUCACCCCUUCGCCUAAGACACGUACCCGUAAACGUGGGUCCAGCCCAGACUUCGUGAUCGAGGUUCCUUCCCUCUCACGCGAGCGACGGAGCCAAUACUCGGAAGUCCCUAUCUCCCCCAGAACACCCUCCAAAAAGCGCAAAGCCUCCAUCAUUGCCCUCUCUAGUGACCCGGAGAGCGAUAGCGACGACAAUACACCCAUCAUCCACCGGCGGCGCGUACCUUCCAAACCCAAAUCCUCUCCCGCGCAGCCCAAGCGCUGUCGGACUCCCGAGUCAGACAGCGAUGACCUGCCGAAGCGGAAUUCUCCACCCAAGCCGAAGCCCAUCUCUCCAAAACGGGCCAAAGCGGUCGAUCCGGACGAGAGCGAGGAGCCGUUGACGGAGGAGGAGGAUAUGAUGGCGGAACUGGAGCUUGAUCAGCCGGAUCGGUUCAAGAGCAAGACGCGGCUCCGGGAGAGGAAGGAGACGGACUGGCAGCGAGCGCUGCGGAAAGCCAACAACAAGCGGAAGGGGAUUGUGGAGGACACCACGAGCGAAGAGGAGUCGGAGUCGGAGGAUGAAGGGGAAGUGGAGGAUGCUGUUCAGGGAGGGGAGGUGGACGAGGAGGACGAUGACGACUUUAUCUCGGAUGACGACGACGACGGACCGGUGCAGCUCCCUCACGAGUUCUCCAACAACUCGAUCCAGACGCCCGAAUUCAAAUACAAGGUCGUCUUCCACUACCUCCUCUACCUCGUCAUGAAGGGGUCCAAGGCCCUUCCUCUGCGCGGCGAGAACGCCGAGUACUUUGAGCCGCAUCUUCGAGAUGUCCGGCGGCGGGUCACUGGGCUCAGGGAUGCCGGAGUGCGCAGUCAGAUCUGGUCGACUGUCUUUGUUCGCGCGCUGGAAAAGUAUCCGAUCUUCAGAUCUGGGUACAUGGAUAUGGAGGAGCCGAUCUGGUGGUGUCAUGCUUGUCGGCGGAGAAUGCCGUCCAGGUACGAGGCCUCGCUGGAUGGCAAGCCUUAUAACCACGAUACACACGAGGAGGUCGAAGAGGAAGAGUCUGAUUCCGAGCCGGAGAUGGAUCCGGAGACGGGCGAGCCAGAGACGCAGAAGCGGCGGUACGAGCGCAAGAACAAGGCGUUUACCAUGGGCCCCAAAUGUCUGCGAAGGUCCAGGAUCUUCCACCAGAUGUCACACUGGGAAGACGACAUGUACGACCGUAUCCGCGAGCUCUACCACAAGGUCCUGCGCGCCUCCGGCAAAAAGGUUCCGGACGAGUCGGACACUUCCGAAGACGACGACGAGGACGAGCAUCAUCUCGAUCGCAACAUGCGGCGGAUGGACCGCGCGGACCGGCGCAGGCGCUCCAAUAUGGAGGCUGCGGAACUGAAGGGGAGGGCGUUACCUAAGGAUGUGCACAGCGUGGAGGAUGUGCUGGAGUGGAUGGAUAAGGAGGGGUGGCAAACCAAGCUGUUCCACGUGAUGGAGGAUCUGGAGGAGGAGGCUCGAGCGCUGGAGCACGACAAGUCGACCGAUCGAGCCGAGCUGUGA